AUGGCAAACAGGACAACAAGGCCUAAUGAAUUCACAUUGCUAGGACUGACUGAUAAUCCUAAGAGUCAGGUUAUCCUAUUUGUGUUCUUCUUGAUAGUUUAUAUUCUCACAAUUCUAGGAAAUUCUCUGUUGGUCAUCACAAUUACAUUGUCUACAUCUCUUCAUACUCCAAUGUACUUCUUCCUGCGAAAUCUUUCAGUUGUAGAUAUUUGCUUCUCCACCUCCACAGUCCCAAAGCUGUUGUCAGACUUUUUAUCGGACGUAAAACAAAUUUCCUUUUUUGGCUGUGUGGCCCAACUCUACUCUUUUAUAUCCUUUGGGGGAGUUGAAUGCAUUCUACUUGUUGCUAUGGCAGGCGACCGCUAUGUGGCUAUAUGCAUGCCCCUACUUUAUUCUAAAGUAAUGAGCUGGAAGAUAUGUACAAUCAUGACUACAACAUGUUGGAUACUUGCUCUAUUAAAUUCUCUUGCCCAUACUGUCUUCACAUUCCGGCUACCGUUCUGCAAAUCUAGAGUUUUAAACCACUUCUUCUGUGAUAUCCCACCACUCCUGGCCUUGUCCUGUGCUGAUACAACCAUUAAUGAAAUUGUGGUGUAUACUGCUGGAGGGUCUGUAAUCAUGGGGUCCUGUUUGUUAACGCUUACAUCAUAUAUUUUUAUUGUUAGAGAAAUUUUAAAAAUCCAGACAGCCUCAGGAAGACUGAAAGCAUUUUCAACUUGUGCCUCUCAUUUGGCAGUUGUGACACUUUAUUUCGGAACAAGUGUCUUCACAUACAUACGCCCUACAUCUACCUAUUCUCUUGACCAAGACAGGGUUGUUCCAGUUCUGUAUGGUAUUAUUACUCCUAUGCUAAACCCAAUCAUAUAUAGCUUUAGAAAUAAAGAUGUGCAUGGAGCAUUAACAAAAAUAAUUUUAAGAUGUCACCAAUCAACUGCACAAUAA